AUGUCACCCCGUUUAAGAGAAGCAGGCGACAUUUAUGCCAUUUAUGUACACGCAGGUGCUGGGUUUCAUAGCUAUCAGAAUGAAAAUGUGCAUCUCAAGGCCUGCAAUGACGCCGCUAAAGUUGCAAUGUCCAUGCUCAAGAAUGGGGCCUCUGCUCUAGACGCAGUCGAGAUAGCCCUCAGGUUGAUGGAGGAUCGAGAAAUCACCAAUGCUGGAUAUGGAAGCAACCUUACAAUGGAAGGCAAUGUCGAAUGCGAUGCAACCAUAGUAGACCAUCUGGGACGCAGUGGAGCAGUUGGGGCCUGUUCUCACGUUCGAAAUCCCAUAUCUGCAGCCCGCGUUAUUCUCAAUGCCCAGGACAAGCAACUCUCUUUACAACGGGUACCACCAAACUUCCUAGUCAGCAAGGGAGCUACUGAAUUCGCCUACCUGCACGGGCUACCUAUAGUAGAAAACGAUUUCUUGGUUUCCCCAACCGCCAAGGCUCGAUGGUUAAGGUGGCAGCAAGAAGUGGAAGCAGCCGGGCAGGAACAAGAAGCUAGGAAUACGGUGCAGACUACGGGGGAGAUCGUACAUAUGGAAACGGCUACUAGCACUGCCAGCUUCUCGACAACAGUAAAUCCUGCAAUGCUGAUGACACCACCAUCAGAUCUCCAUGGUAUUACGACUUUAAAAGAACAAGACACAAAUGUCGUCCUCCCAGAGCCUACACUAGUUCCGGCAGAUGGCGCGCAUCAUAUAAACGAGAGAGUAGCAAUUCGACCCAAGCAGACAGACGAUGCGACAUCAGGCGGCGAACAAUCAAACGAUAACGUGGACACCAUUACUGAUACUAUAGGUGCUAUAGCUGUCGACAGCUAUGGCAGGAUCGCAGCAGGUUCGUCAUCGGGUGGGAUUGGCAUGAAACACUCUGGAAGGGUGGGCCCAGCAGCUCUUGUAGGUAUCGGUACAGCAGUGAUUCCUGAGGACCCACAAGAUCCAGAGCAGACAAGCGUGGCUACAGUCACAUCCGGGACAGGAGAGCAUAUUGCGACGACUUUAGCUGCGAGUACCUGUGCUAGUCGAAUAUACUAUAGCGACCGCAAAGACGAAUCUGGAAUGACGGAAAAUGUCACCGAAGAGGAAGCAAUCAAGUCCAUGGUGGAUGUAGACUUCAUGGGACAUCCAAGCGUGAAGCACAGCCAUUGUGAAGCUGCAAUUGGCAUCAUGGCGGUAAAGAAGACGAUGGACGGGGUGUAUUUGUUCUUCUGUCACAACACUGAUUCCUUCGCUCUUGCUUCAAUGACAUCGGAAGAUAAGGCGCCCCAUUGUGUCAUGUCUCGUCGUUCUAGACAGGGCAGUACCGCGCAAGGAGGGCGGUUUUCUAGAUAUCGUCGGUCGAAAAGUCGAAGCUCCUCGGAUGAUUAA